AUGAACGCGCCAGAUAGAUUUGAGUUGUUUAUCUUGCCAGAUGGAUUAGACAAGUAUGUAACACGUGUUCCGGUUACUCGAGUCCCUCGCUAACUUUCUAUAUAGGAUCAAAAUAACACCCGAUACAAAAGUGCCCAAUGCCGCUAUCGUCAAAAUCGAAAAAGAGGACCACACGUUGGCUAAUUUGCUUAGAGCCCAGCUAUUGCGCGACCCGAGGGUGAUGUUUGCAGCGUACAAGGUAGAGCAUCCUUUGUUUGCCAAUUUUGUUCUUCGUAUCCAGACGGAGGAGGACUACACCCCCAAGGAGGCGUUGAAGAAUGCGUGCACUGCCAUUAUCAAUGAGUUGACGGUGAUAAAGAACAAGUUCAAGGGCGAGUGGGAGAUGAACUUUGAUUUGGCCGAGGCCCAAGAGUAA